UUAGGCCCAUUAUUUAUGGAUAAAGCAAUAUAGGAUUCAAGCACAUCUAAGAAAACUUGGAGCUCUCUCUUAGGUUUGCACAGAAAGACCCAGAUUACACUUGUGUAGAGCACUCCAUAGUGGCAGUAACUCCGAUAAGACAAUUAUGUAAACACUUCAAGUUACAAGACUACGUCCGUACGUCAAAGGCUCCAACUCUCUUAUCACACAUAUUAUAUCAUUUUCUUAACCAAUGUAUACCGGAGCUAUGAAAAAACUCAAACUAAUCUCAAAAAGAAGGUAUAGCCUACAGAUAAAUCCUCUCGCUAAAUAUGCAAAUAAGCUCGAAAGUUUGGGUCCAUCCGUAUAAGCGUCCAAGAGCAGUGUGACUUAGUUAAUAACAUCGUCAUUUUGAUUAUUUAAUUUUAACCUUGCCAACUUGGUAAGCACAUGUCCGUUAAAUUAUUAACUUGGCCUCUUCUACUUGGUUUUGAAAACAAACAUUCAUUCUUCUACAUGUUUCUUCUUUUAAUAAGAACCGGUAACUAAACACGACUUGGUUAUCUUUUUGAUUAAAUUUGUACACAAAUAUUCAAGACAUGCAUUUCAAUGGAGAGAAUCAAUCUAAUCAUUGCCUUCCAGCUAUUGAAAUUGGAUCUCCUACUCAUUGUAACACGUGAGAUAGUAAUUGUCUCAUCUCACGCAAUAGAAAAGUUAUUAUGACAUAGUGACAUUAAACGAAUUAUGACGAUAUUUGAUUAAAAAAAAAAACAAUUAAGACGAUUGAAUUUGAGUGCAGCCAUAGUCCACGAAACAAUAAAUAAUACUAACAAAUAUUUAAACAAAGUAUGAUAGGAUAUAUAUAUAAUUAAAAUAUGGUUUUAUGGUUUUUUUGUUGAACAUUUAUGUAUUCUUAUUCAUUUGAAACGUGACUGACGUGGGGUUUGUCCAUGCAUGAUUCAUGAAUACCUGCGACAUUCACAUCUACAGUGGACUUCAGUCUAUAUAGUUUUUGUGCAAUCUAUAGAGCUCUGCCCUAAAACACCCUGUCAUGAGAAAACUAAAACCAUGAAACUCAGGUUAUUAAUUAUGCCAACGACGAGAAGUAUUUUUUACGAUAAGAAACGUAUCGAUAUAUAUUCAUAUAUUAAAUCACAUGUACCAAUUACCAAACCCAUGAGGGAUUGUUCAUUCCUCUAUUGAUUUCGGUUUUGACGUGCAAGUAAAUUCAUAAAAUGUUGUUUUCUAAGUUGUUAGAGUAGGCAAACAACAAAUCUAAAUGAAAGAUGCCAUUGAACAAAAAUCUGGAGAAAUUAUCUCAUUUUCUUCAGUUUUAAAAUGCAAACUGGAAAGAAACUAGAGUUUAAUAUAAUAUGUAAUAUUAUAAUAUUAAAUCAAAUUAAAAGGAAAAAGAUAUGUACAGUUUACAUAUGUGGACCAGUGAAGUAUGGUUAACUUCAUAUAAACAACAAAAUAUACUAACCUAUAAAUGCAAGACAUUUCUUUGGGUAGAUUUGCUUUUAUCAAGUGCCAACUUCGAGGUCAUAUACUCUCUUUUUUAUCAUUUUGGCAUGAUUCAAGGACUCUUUUGGAUCCUUUGUCUGAUAUUUUUUAGCAUUGCAGAUUGUGCAGUGCAAAGACAACGCUGCUCCGAGCCUUGGUAAGAUUUGGCAAUCUCAAAUUCCUUUUUUAUAGACUCGUUUAUUCACCCUUGAAUUGUAUCUCUCUAUAAUAGAAUAGGAUAUCAAUGCAAAACUAUUCAAAUAUAUGAUGUAACAAACAAACUUGUAAGAUAUGAUUAUAAUUCUGUUUCAGAAUAGUCACCAAACACGACUCUUUCUUGGCAACCAAACCUCACAUUCACAUUUAACAAAAGAGAUUGCUACUAGAAACAAUAAAAAUAAAAAAAAACAGCAAAAAAUAUUAAAAAUCAAAAUCAAAAUAAAUCAAUCAAGCUUUACUUUUUGUGUGUGUUUAUGCUCUCUCUGUCUCUCCUUUUCUUGUUGCUACUGAGAAAGCAUCUUCUUUCACUUUCUCUUUUCAAUCUCAAAACACUUUUGCUUUUGCUUCAUCUAAUGUCUUUACUCAACUUUACCAUCUCAUUGUAACGAAUCUCUCUUCUUCUUCUUCUUCUUCCUCCUCUUUUGCGUGUAGUCUAUCUCUUCCUCUGAAACUCUGUUUUUUCCCGGGAAAACUAACUGACUCCUCAAAGCUUCUUACUUUCUCCUGUAAAUCACAAUUCUUCACCUCCUUAUCACUUCCCCAUCUCAUAAUUAAUGGGGAUCUGUCACGGAAAACCCAUCGAACAACAAUCAAAACAGAGCACCUCUGUUUCCUCCGAUCAAACUCCGGCGAAAUCUUCAGGCUUUCCUUUAUACAGUCCAAGCCCUUUGCCUAGCCUAUUCAAACCCUCGCCGGCGAGCGCGAGCUCCACGCCUCUCCGCAUCUUCAAGAGACCUUUCCCUCCUCCUUCCCCUGCUAAGCACAUACGCGCUUUCCUCGCGCGUCGCAACGGCUCCACCAACAAGCCCAACGAGGUCUCGAUCCCCGAAGGCAAGGAGUUCGAGAUCGGUCUUGAUAAGAGCUUCGGCUUCUCGAAACACUUUGCUUCGCACUACGAGAUUGAUGGCGAGGUGGGUCGAGGGCAUUUUGGGUAUACUUGCUCUGCUAAAGGUAAAAAAGGAACCUUGAAGGGACAAGAAGUUGCUGUUAAAGUCAUUCCUAAGUCCAAGAUGACAACAGCAAUUGCGAUUGAGGAUGUUAGUAGAGAAGUGAAGAUAUUGCGAGCUUUGACUGGUCACAAGAACUUAGUCCAGUUCUAUGACGCUUUUGAAGAUGAUGAGAAUGUUUACAUUGUGAUGGAGUUAUGUAAAGGUGGUGAGCUCUUAGACAAAAUACUUCAAAGGGGUGGCAAAUACUCGGAAGAUGAUGCUAAACAAGUUAUGGUUCAGAUUCUUAGUGUUGUAGCUUACUGUCAUCUCCAAGGUGUGGUUCACCGUGACCUUAAACCAGAGAACUUUCUGUUCAGUACAAAGGAUGAGACAUCUCCUCUAAAAGCAAUUGACUUUGGUCUCUCUGAUUACGUCAAGCCAGACGAGAGGUUGAAUGAUAUAGUAGGAAGUGCUUACUACGUAGCCCCUGAAGUUUUGCACCGUACAUACGGAACAGAAGCUGACAUGUGGAGUAUAGGAGUGAUUGCUUACAUUCUUCUUUGUGGGAGUAGACCCUUUUGGGCCCGUACUGAAUCAGGAAUCUUCAGAGCUGUACUUAAGUCAGUACCCAACUUUGAAGAAGCUCCUUGGCCUUCACUAUCACCUGAUGCUGUAGAUUUUGUGAAAAGGUUGCUAAACAAAGAUUACCGUAAAAGACUAACUGCUGCACAGGCUCUGUGUCAUCCGUGGCUGGUUGGCUCACAUGAACUGAAGAUACCUUGUGAUAUGAUCAUAUACAAGCUUGUGAAAGUGUACAUAAUGUCUACUUCAUUGAGAAAAUCAGCUUUAGUUGCUCUUGCCAAGACAUUAACUGUACCACAGCUAGCUUAUCUGAGGGAGCAAUUUACAUUGUUGGGGCCAAGCAAAAAUGGAUACAUCUCCAUGCAGAAUUACAAAACAGCAAUUUUAAAGAGCGCAACAGAUGCUAUGAAGGAUUCAAGAGUCAUAGAUUUUGUUCACAUGAUAAGCUGUCUUCAAUACAAGAAACUAGACUUUGAAGAGUUUUGUGCAUCAGCAUUAAGUGUUUAUCAGAUGGAAGCAAUGGAAACAUGGGAGCAACACGCACGGCGAGCUUACGAGUUGUUUGAGAAAGAUGGGAAUAGACCCAUCAUGAUUGAGGAGCUUGCAUCGGAACUCGGACUCGGACCAUCAGUACCUGUGCAUGUUGUGCUUCAGGAUUGGAUAAGACAUUCAGAUGGAAAGCUUAGUUUCUUGGGUUUUGUCAGACUACUACACGGUGUGUCUUCUCGUACAUUACAUAAAGCUUAGGAGCAAUGACAUUGUUUGAGUGUAGAUUUGGUUUCUUUUUUAUUUUAUUUUUUUACCAUUUCUUGGUAGUUUUGAGUCAAAGAUUCGAUGAUUAUGUCAGUGUGUGUAUGUGUAAUGUGUGUGGUCUGGGGAAGGAAUGGUUUCAGAUGAAGAGGAAUGUACAGAAUGAGUCUUGUUAUCUCUAACUUCUUUGUUUUCUAACCCAUUUUAUAUUCGGAACA